AUGUUCUUCUUCGCAUCUAGCAAACAAGAGGACCCGCAGGGGCCCUCCACCACAGGCACACACAGAAACCAGGGGCCCCUCCCAGGUGGCCCUUGGGGGGCCCCCGAGGGGGCCCCAAGAGGGGGUCCCUCAAGUCACUCUGCAGUGGCCCCUCUCGCUGUGCCCUGGAAUGCUCAUCGUUCAGCAACAUCAUCACAUGGGGGCCCAUUGGGGAUCCCCGUGGGACCCCCCUUUGGGUCAUCCGAUGAGGCAUCUUUUAGGAACUUGAUGGCACGGGACCGACAGGCUUCGUGGGGUGCCCCCGAUGGGGCCCCCCUGAGGCCCAGGCCUGCUGGUGCCUUUGGGGGCCCCCCAGAAAGCGUUGUUGGGGGCCACCCACGGGGCUCUUUUCAAGCAACCCAGCAGCAACAGCAACAUCUGCACCAGCAGCAGCAGCAGCAACUACAGCAGCAGUACUUGCAGCACCAGCCGUACGCUCAGCCGCAGUACUACGGGCAGCAGCAGCAGCAGAUCUACAUGCAGCAGGAGCUAACAAUGCAGCAGCAGCACCAGGAUAAUGAGAUAGAGCAGCUGCAGCAGCAAUGUCGAUCUUCUUUGGUUGCAUCCCUUCGUAUUGUGGGAGAAACAAACGAAGCGUCACAAAACACUGCUAAACAAUUGGCGGCACAGUCAGAGCAGCUGGAGAGAAUAGCAGACACAACAGAAGCAAUAGGCGAUAAUUUAAAGACAUCAAAAUAUCUCCUUAAAGGAUUAAAGAGUUGGUGGGGGUCAGUCUCACAGCUAUUUACUCAACCCUCAACAAGCAGCAGCAGCAGCAGCAGCAGCAGCGGCAGACGCCAGCAGCAGCGGCAACAGCAACAGGGGCGUGAUCGGCAGCGGUGGCUUCCUGAUAGUGCUUCUGCUGCUGCUGCGGAGGCGGAUGUAUACGCUGCUGGGACGCAGCAGCAGCUGCUGCAGCAUGAGCAAUUCCAAGUGCAGCAGCAGCAACAACAGCUGCAGCAGCAGCGGAUGACGCUGCUUGGCAGCAGAAACGGUGCAGCAACUACAGGAUCAGCAGCAAGCGAGGACUUCGAUGAAGGAGUUCAAAGAGAUCUCCAGAGACUGUCUCAAAUGCUGGGUGAAUUAGAAGGAAGAGCAGCUGCAAUAAAUAAAGAACUGCAGCAGCAAAAUGAACAAUUAAAUAAAAUUGUUUAUUCAGUAGAAGCAAAUAAAGAAGAAAUGGAGAAACAAAAAAGAGAAAUUAGACAAGUACUUAGAAGGUAA